AUGGUUCUCCUCCCUUCCGCUGUCGCUACGUUUCUGCUGGCGACGGGUACACUCGCCGUCCCUCCUGGUAGCCGUUCGAAGCAGGGAAUCCGUGCGCCUGCCCAUCGCUUCAUCCCCGAGAAUAAUCUCGUGUCGCGAGAUACGGGGGCAGUUUACUCCAUCUACGAUGGUGGUGGCUGGGUUCUCCCUGUUCUUCUUGGGAGGCAAGAAGUCUACUUAAAUCUGGACACUGGCUCAUCAGAUCUAUGGACAGCAAGCACACUAAUGCCGGACGACCAGCAGUCUACCAUCACUAGAGGAUCAGUCUAUGAUCUCGCUAAGAGCUCGACGGCUAGCACGAUGUCCAACUACACGUUUGCCCUAGGCUACGCAGACGGCUCUGGGGCCUCUGGCUCCGUGGUCCGAGAGACUGUCAACAUUGGCGGUGCAAUCGUCCCCAACAUGCCCAUCGGCAUCUGUAGCGACCUACAAUACGGCAACGGAAGCAGCGGCACCCGUGACACUGCCGGCCCAGUUGGUCUCGGCUUCGGGGUGAUGAACUCCAUCCGACCAAACCCCCAAUGCACCUUUAUGGAAUGCCUCGAGCCCUAUGUCCCUGAACCAGUCUUUGGUACCUGCUUCAAACUCGACAAUAAAGGCUUCGUCGACUUCGGAUACUCCGACUCCAAGGCCUACACCGGCGAUCUCACCGAAAUCUCCAUCUCCAACACGAGCUCUGGCAACGAAGGCCAGUGGAUGGCUCUAGGUGUCCAGUUCGGAUCCGGAGGCACUCUCUUCGACGUCGACGCCCUUGACAUGGACUUUGAUUCUGGCACUGCGUCACUUUCCGUCUCGUCGGAUAUCGCUGCUGCUUAUUGGGCUCUGGUUGACGGCGCUGACAACUCUUCCGGGUCAUGGGAGUACCCUUGUGGCACUAGGCUGCCUGAUCUCGACUUUACCUUCGCGAGUGUCCUUGACGGACCCUCGACAGUCACUAUUCCUGGAUGGAACUUGAAGAACGGUGACGAUUCGACCGGAAUGUGCGGCACUUGGAUGGAUGUUGUUGAUGGACAGGGUAAUGCUGGCCUGCCAUUCUAUAUCACCAAGUAUAUGAUCUGGAACCCGACCCGGCCCAGCUUGGCCUUUGCCGACCAGGCGAAGUAG